CUUAUACACGCGGAUGUCUAAUCACCGUAGACUUCCCGCUAUCCCCUUCUUUUCCAAACCUCCGGACUCCCUCAGUAACCAUGCCGCUGACCACAAUCACCUAUACCCUCCAUCCUACCCCUUCUCCCGCCUCAUCAAGCUCAUCAGUCCUCCACAAUGCCGUGGCGGGCAUAAAGGCUCAUCUGCCUCUCCGUAAUCUUCAUUGGAAAUCAUCUUCUCGAACAUCCCUGAGGACGAUACAAGAGGUAGACAUAGACCUUGUGGACUUGGGGGAAGUUACCAGUCUAAGAGAUAAAAAUGUCAGCGUUUUGGACUCGCCCCUGGUCAACAUGUGUCUUGUCGUCUGCGAAGACGGGGAGGUUUAUAAAUCACAAACGCGGAACUUCAUCAGAGACUGGCUCUCUCUCCUUGCAGCUCGCAGAACUCCGCACGCGCCACUGAUUGUGCUUGUCAACCCACCAAAUAGUGCUGCAGACAAGUCAGGCAAGACGGUUUGGGGAAAGGAUAAAGGCGUACUGGGAAAGCUCAAAGCGGAUUUCAAUGUCGGAAAGCGCGAUAGAUGCGUUCAGUUGAACUUACCGCCGCCAGGGGUGAAUGAUCCAGCUGCGUGGCCCGAGCUUAUCAACAAACUGAAAGAGUGUUUUGUCAUUGCAUUUGAUUCUGCAAUCCUGGAACGAGAGGAUGAGGUGAAGCGGGGAGAAGCGCAAAGGGUGAUGGUGGGGUGGAAUUUCUGCACAUGGUUUUUGCUCAAGGAAUCUCUGGCACAAUCAUUUGAAGGGGUCAAUCUGCCGGAGGACUCACUCAUCAUCUACGAAGAAUUAGAGGCAGCUUUCAUCCAGGUGUUGAAGGAGCAAAACCUUUCGUGGUUUGGUAAACUUGGUGCUACGGGAUCUCGUGACGAUUCAUUGCCUGUACUGAACACAACCAUGAAGCCCUAUCGGGAAAUGCUGAGGUCUAGCUCCAUCAGUGUCUUUGAUUUUAGGAUAUAUCUGUUUGCCAGGCAAGGUAUCUUGCUAGGGAAACUGGGAAGAAUAACAGAGGUCGCCAAGAGGGGUCAAUGGUUUGUUGCCAGCCUUGCAAAUCGCUUGAGGGAGAACGAGGCCGAUCUUGCGGAACAUUUUAUCGAAUCAUGGACUUAUACCGCCUGCAUGGACAUUGUCUCCAAAUGUGAUCAGUGGGCGCGACUUGAACGUCCAAACAAUGAUUACUCUGGCCUGACGGCAUACGAAUCCGUCAGAUCUGAAUUAUUAGAUAUUGCGCGUAUACAAGUAGAACACUUGGGUGUCUCGUCAGGACAUUUACCUUCCACAUAUCCGUUCCAAUCCUUCCAAUCUGCCUCUGUCCCCCAAUCCUCCACGUCAGACGUCCUCUUCGACGAGUCAACCCUUGCCUCCUCUGUGCCUUCAUCGCCAGUUGUCCCAAUAGACUCCUCCUCCACAUCUCGUCCGCAAAUGUCCAAUUCUAUUCUCCUGGCGGCCAUAGCCGAUCGUUCCAAUUUCUUCGCAUUGUAUCGCGAUCUUACUCUCAAAGUCAUUGCUGCAUAUCGCAAAUGCGCCAAAAACCUUUCUUGCAUCCGCCCCUUGACAAACUUGCUAGGUCUCGCUGUUAUUCUAGAUCAAUGGGAUGAAGCUUACACUCAAGCCCAAGAAUUGGCGAAGGAAUGUCAGGAAUUGGGAGUAUGGGAUAGAGUGGUAAAAUAUGCUUUGGGAGUAGCGUUGAAGGCGUCCAAAAAGCUAGAUAAAGAUGGAAUGGAGUGGGGAGAGUUGGCAAUUGGGUAUUUAGAAGUUUCUGUCAGAGAAACAGGGAAAACAGGAGAUGGAGACGAGGAUGAGUUAUUGAAAGAAGUGAUUGAGGGGUUGAAGAAGGUGAAUGAGGUAUGGAACGUCGAGGGCCACCGGUCGUUCUCGAUUAGGCUGUUGGGGAAGGAGACAAAGAUUGAUCGCAAUGAGAUAACUGUCGAUGUUGAGAUAACGAAUGAAUUGGAUAUUGAUGUUGAAGCGGAUGGUGUGGAAGUCAGACUAAGCCAUCCUCAUUCUGGCGGCGUGGUUCAUUUUUCAGCGAAAGAAACUAGUCUUCAUCCGGGCGUCAACCUUAUUCGACUUUCAAGUUCGACGUCUACUCAUGGGAUAUAUAACCUUCAAUCAGCCUCUCUCUUUCUUGGUCAACUCAACUUUAAUUAUGAUCUGAAAGAUUCAGGAAGGUCGGUAAUCAUCAGAAGAGAUGAAGUCAAGUUGACGGAUGAUACUCUCGUGAUCCUUGAUAUCAAGAACGGCCAGGUCGACUUGCAAGAAGUAAGGGUGAAUCUGACAUCUCUGACCAGAGGGGUUGGGUUCAUCCUUGAAGACGCCAAAUGGGACGAGACUAAUCUUACGUUAAACGAUGAAGGCUUAAUUACAAUCGGCGAUAUCAGAGCUGAAGAAACAGUGAGAAUAAGCAUACCCUACACGGGUCUUCCGCCUACGGACUACAUGCGAGCCCACAUCAUGCUGCUACACAAUACGGACAAAGGUGUUCGACAAUGGGUGGAUGUACAAACAAUCGACACGGGUCUUCCCCUGACUAUUAACGUUCAAGACUUUUUCCGACCCGACUGUUUGCUAUCCCAUUUCACUGUCUCGCCUGAUGAUAAGGAGAUCCUGAGGAUCGCUUCUGCCGCGCUGAUUGCCCCCGAUGGGAGUGGAUAUGAAGUGGAGAGUUGUAGAAAGCAGGGAGGGGGUCCCAUAGUAUCUGUGGCUAGUCAGCCAUUGUCUUUCCUGUUCAAGAUAAGAAGAAAGAAGGAUGGUGAUCCUGUAUCGUCUUUAAAUUUGAGAAUCAAAUACCGCCAAAUAGACGAAGAAAUACGUUCUAGCGUUACCGACGCCUUACGUUCUCUUUCCCCUACUUCACGCUCAUCUAUCGAACGCGCGGUCCGCGAGAUCCUUGCCGAUCGCUCAAAGUGGAGAAGCUAUCUUAUCGGGGAAUCCCUUGAAGAGAUUUUCCGUUAUGAACUAAAGGAUAUGGGCGAUAGUGGCUUGGCCUUUUGCGAAUCUAUCAAAUCGGCGACCUUGCCAGAAUGGAGAAGCCUUGAGAUCCCGGUUGAUGUUCCUCAACGUCGCCUACUCACAGCGAUCUCCUUGACUCCAACCUUAUCACCAAGCACAUCCAUUUACCAAGGUCGACCGCUGGCCUUUUUGCUCAAGCUCUCAACAUCUUCGCAAUGGAUGGGUUUACCAUCUGAACUCACGAAAGAAGAGAAAACCCAGCGAUUGGUGUACGACGUUCAAGUCAAUCCUGAGGAUUGGAUAGUGUUAGGGAAGAAGAAGGCUUAUUUCGUCCCGGAUCCCGAAAAGGAUGUUUCAGUCGAGAUUGUACUCCUUCCCACUCGAGCUGGUACUAUCUUCCUUCCCAACGUCGCCAUCUAUCCCUUGGAUUCUCCAGGAGGGUCCUCGGAAGGGCAAGCUAAGAUACAAGGAGUCUUAUGUGAAUCAUACAUGAAGAAUGCGGCACAGACCGUGAGAGUAUUGCCUGCAAAGAAGGAGGUUACGGUUUUGGUGCCGGUACCGUUGCCUGGGGCCGUGCCGAUAGGUGAACAGUGGGAGGGAGUCAGAGCAUAGAAAGAGUUAUAGUGUGUCAUCUUCGGGACAAUUUUCUACAUACCCUGCAUCGUGUGACAAUUGUUUGUAUCUUACAUGGCCUGUCAAUCACCGGAUCCGGCUACCUCUUUGUCUACUACUGCUCAUCUCGCAGCCUGGUAUUUCUAAACCGCCUCCCCGCUUCCGACCAAUCCCUAAGCUUGAACACAUACCCCGUCUUGUACGAGUAGUCGUCGGGAUACCCUGGACGUCGAACCGAACCUCCUUCUGGUUUAUCGAUGACAGACUUGAUGAUCCGACUCUGCCACCCAUUCUGCAAAAGCGCUAUUGACUCCCAGAAAUUGGAUGUGCUUCCCUUUUGUCCCCUCACGAAAGUAUCUUCAUUCAUUGCCUCCAAGGCGGAGACACCUAGAUCAUCAAGGUCGAGUCUCGAGGCAAGGACUAGAAGAUCCCAAGGUCUUCGUCGGCCGAGGUCCAUAGCCCGAUCCUUGAGUUUCUUAAGCACGAAUUCUCUCAAGUCAUAGAGAUGGGAAAAGGAGAGUAAAUCUCCCGCUUCUUCCAUAGUGAUGGCUAACAUGACAUCGUCUGAUACUCGACUAAGGUCGAGGAAGAGCUGAAGGGUGCGAGAGGGGAAAGGAAUAUCGAUAGGUUCGGAUGGGUGAGGCGGUUUGGCAGGGACAGAGAUGGAUUCGGGGGUGGAAGUAUCUGCUACGGAGGGAUUGGACAUUUCUAGCAUGUCGUGGAAGACGGCACUAGACAUUUCUAGUUAGUGUAU